AGCUAUGGACCUGGGUACGGAAGUUAUGGACCACAACCACGUCCGGGUUAUCAACAAGGAUACCCUCAACGAUCGCCUCCAUCAGGUUAUAACAAACCGGGUCCUGCCCCAGGUUACAACGGUGGACAGCCCAGACCAGGUCACAACGGCAGGGAUCCCAGCCCAGGCUAUAACGGAAGAGACCAGGGUUAUAAUGGAAGAGACCAGGGUUAUAAUGGAAGAGACCAGGGUUUUAAUGGAAGAGACCAGGGUUUUAAUGGAAGAGACCAGGGUUUUAAUGGAAGAGACCAGAGCUAUAAUGGAAGAGACCAGAGUUAUAAUGGAAGAGACCAGGGUUUUAAUGGAAGAGACCAGGGUUUUAAUGGAAGAGACCAGGGUUUUAAUGGAAGAGACCAGAGCUAUAAUGAAAGACCAGGUUUCGGGGGAGGAAAUACGCAAGCAUCAGAAUAUGGAUCUAAGAGUUCCUUUCCCAGCGGCGUUGGGCCAUCCGCAUCGCAAGGCAGAGAAGAGCGUCAUGGUUACAACCCAAGAGUCCAGGUAG